AAAAGCGUCCAAACACGAAAGAAAAGAACUUGCACGAACCGCGGCCAAAAAUUAGCACAACCUUUCUGUAUAAAGCAGACGGACGUAAUCGCGGCAGGCUUUAUUCUACCGGCAGCUGGUGAGUGGUUUGCUUCGAUCGCACCACAGCGAAGAUCGGUAUUUGUUUAUUAUUAAAGAAAGGUGGGGCCCCAAAGCUGUCCCAGUGCGCGCGUGUGGCGAGCUUACAAGUUGACUUUUAUGUUCAAGAAGUUUAGUUACGUUUGAGCAAGAGUGCGCAUCGCAGUGAUUGGCGAACAAAAACAGUGAAUCUUAUUCAGCGAAAGUGAUGUCGAUAAAACGCAACGAAAAGGACUAUCCUUAUAUCGAUUUGGGCGACGGUUACACCAUAUACGUGCAGGCCGACGAGUACACGGAUCCGGCGCUGAAAGCUAAAGCGGAACGGGAACUAAAUGAAACACCGGAAAAUGUGAAGAAUGCUCUGGCCCAGUUGCGAGAGCUGCUCAGGGCGGAAACGACCCUUUUCGUGCCGAUUGAAAGUGAUGCGUUUCUGGUGAAAUUUUUGCGAGCUUGCCGCUACGAUGCUCGGAAGGCUUUUCAGAUGAUCCAGUUCACCUACCGGUUGAAGGCCAAGAGCAAGGAAUAUUACGAGAAUACACCGAAUCCGUCCUCGGUUCGGCAUGUGUUCGAGGAGGGAAUGGUGUGGUUUAUGCCGGAACGUGAUAGCGACGGAGCUGCGCUGUGUGUGAUCGAAGUUGGAAAAAAAUGGAACACCUCAAAGGUUUCGAUAAUCGAACUGAUCGCGGCCAUCCGGCUAUGCGUGGAGGUGGCCCUUCUGGAUCCGGAAACGCAACUGCACGGCAUGAAGGUCAUCUUCGACACCGACGGCCUGUCGAUGGCACAAAUCGCCCAGAACAGCCCCAAACACGCUCGGAUGAUCCUGGACUGGGUCCAGAAGGCCAGCCCCUUCCGGAUGCAAGGCAUCCACGUGGUCAACAAUUCGAUGAUUUUUAACAUUCUGUUCGCCAUUUUUAAACCAUUCAUCUCGAAAGAGCUGCGUGAAAAGAUAUUUUUCCACAACAAAGACUGGAAUUCUCUAACGAAGCUGAUCAAUCCGGCCUGUCUGAGGCCCAAGUAUGGCGGAACGCUAGCGGCUCCCGAGUAUGAAGGUCGCCUACUAGGAGAUUACCUGCAGCUCUAUGAUAAAUAUUUUGAUGCUCUCGACGCGUACGGUUACGAAGAAUGCACCAAGCGGAGGUCAAAGUAAGCGCUGGAAAGAAAAAAAACUCUGCACCGACGAGCAGUGACCUUUUCGUUGAUGUGCUGUGCAACUACGCCUACUUAGCCAACAACCCUUCUUCAGCAAACGAGAUGUCACGUCGUUCUACGUCGGACGGACAAGAACGGUGCCGACACACUAGCAUUCAUUCAUUUUAAACAUAUUCAAUUUCCACGGUCGGAAACGACAUGUCAAUGUGAUGAAGGUGAUUCAAAAUAAAAAUCAAAACUAGUUUUUAACGUGUAUACAACGCAAAGUUCGCUUAGAUCUAGCACUAACGUCAGCGCGGAAAAAAAGAAUCGCCUACUAUUUGUGAUUGGUGAAUGUUGCAAAAUGUGCGCAUUUGCGAGUGGCAUAAGUAGUAUGACUUGAGGCAGAAGACCAAGACGAUAGGGCGAACGUGCACCUGUGGAAUGCGAUAAAAUUUAUGACCUCUGCCGAGGUUGGACCGCCGGUCCAAACAAUGAUCCACGUAUGAGCUAAAUAGUCUUGC